AUGUGGGUGUCUGCGGGGAGGGCGGGGACCCCCUCGUGCUCGUCGAGCAGUCGACGAGGUAUUGCAGGCACUGCCAUGCAAAAGUCGAGGGCGAGUACGAGCUUCACGUUUCGCAUGAACACAGUGCUUCUGCGCUCCAUAGCAAACGGCUCAGGAACGCGGGGAGCCAAAUCGAGCGCAUCACCUGUUACUUGUGCCAGCAGGAGUCCAACCACGUCCAGAGGUAGCACGACCUUGCUAACGCCGUUUGCACCAUUUGGAGGUGUCGUGAAACAAGCGAAGACUCCAUUUUCCUCUACUCGUGAUUCAUCUUGGAAUACUAGUCGCAAGCUACCCUUGACUCACUCCGCACUAGAAACCAAAAGCAACACACAACAACGACCAGGCAGGCACCCCGCCGCACCCUCACGCACUCCCCACAGGCGCACAGCAAGGCGACAGUCCCAGUGGUGCAGGCACAGCCGGGCCUCUAAUGUUCUGGCCCUCGCCUCAUGCGCCCCCGUCUUUCUGAACCUUCAGCGGAAGUGCCCUAGUCCCUAGCGGCCUAGCCUCGAUCCCUAGCGGCCCUCCCAGCCCCGAGCCCUAGCGGCCCAGCCUCGAGCCCUAGCGGCCUAGCCUCGAGCCCUAGCGGCCUAGCCUCGAGCCCUAGCGGCCGGGCCCAGGAGCCUCGAGCCCUACCGGCCUUCCUAGCCUCGAGCCCUAGCGGCCGGCCUAGCCUCGAGCCCUACGGGCCUAGCCUCGAGCCCUACGGGCCUAGCCUCGAGCCCUACGGGCCUAGCCUCGAGCCCUACGGGCCUAGCCUCGAGCCCUACGGGCCUAGCCUCGAGCCCUACGGGCCUAGCCUCGAGCCCUACGGGCCUAGCCUCGAGCCCUACGGGCCUAGCCUCGAGCCCUACGGGCCUAGCCUCGAGCCCUACGGGCCUAGCCUCGAGCCCUACGGGCCUAGCCUCGAGCCCUACGGGCCUAGCCUCGAGCCCUACGGGCCUAGCCUCGAGCCCCACCGGCCAGCCCAGCCUCGAGCCCCACCGGCCUAGCCUCGAGCCCUAGCGGCCUGCCUAGUCCCGAGCCCCAGCGGCCUGCCUAGCCUCGAGCCCUAGCGGCCUGCCUAGCCCCGAGCCCUAGCGGCCUGCCUAGCCUCGAGCCCUAGCGGCCUGCCUUGCCUCGAGCCCUAGCGGCCUGCCUGGCCUCGAGCCCUAGCGGCCUGCCUAGUCCCGAGCCCUCGCGGCCUGCCUAGCCUCGAGCCCUCGCGGCCUGCCUAGCCUCGAGCCCUCGCCUCGCGGCCUGCCUGGCCUCGAGCCCUAGCGGCCUGCCUGGGCUCGAGCCCUAGCGGCCUGCCUAGCCCCGAGCCCGAGCGGCCUGCCUAGCCCCGAGCCCGAGCGGGGCGGCCUUCCUAGCCCCGGGCCCGAGCGGCCUGCCUGGCCUCGCGGUGCGGUGCCCGAGCGGCCUUCCUAGCCUCGAGCCCGAGCGGCCUGCCUGGCCUCGAGCCCGAGCGGGCCGCCUGCCUAGCCUCGUGCCCGGGCGGCCUGCCCAGCCCCGAGCCAGCCCGAGCGGCCUGCCCAGCCCCGGGCCAGCCCGAGCGGCCUGCCAAGCCCCGAGCCAGCCCGACCGGCCUGCCCAGCCUCGGGCCCUAGCCUAGCGGCCUGCCUAGCCUGGCCUCGGGCCGGCCCUAGCCUAGCGGCCUGCCUAGGUAGCCCCGAGCCAUAGGUAGCGGCCUGCCAAGCCUCGAGGCAGCCCGAGCGGCCUGCCUAGCCCCGGGCCAGCCCGAGCGGCCUGCCUAGCCUCGAGCCCCCGUGGCCCGCCUUCCUAGCCUCAAGCCCCAGCGGCCGCCCUGGCCUAGGGCCCUAGCGGCCUGCCAAGCCCCAAGCCCUAGCGGCCUAGCCUCGAGCCCUAGCGGCCUGCCUAGCCUCGAGCCCUGGCGGCCUGCCUAGCCUCGGGCCCCAGCGGCCUGCCUAGCCUCACCAAGCCCUGGCGGCCUGCCUAGCCUCGAGCCCUAGCGGCCUCCCUGCCUAGCCUCGAGCCCUAGCGGCGGGCCUGCCUAGCCACAAGCCCUAGCGGCCUGCCUAGCCCAGGUCGGAGGUUCCGGGGACCCGGAGGUCGGAGGUUUCGGGGACCGCGGGACCCGGGGGUCGGAGGUUUCGCGGACCCCGGGACCCGGAGGUCGGAGGUUUCGCGGACCGCGGGACCCGGGGGUCGGAGGUUUCGGGGACCCCGGGACCGGGUGGUCGGAGGUUUCGGAGCCCGCGGGACCCGAAGGUUGGAGAUUUCGGGGACCCCGGGACCCGGAGGUCCGGUCGGAGGUUUCGCGGACCGCGGGACCCGAGGGUCGGAGGUUUCGCGGCCCGCGGGACCCGGAGGUCCGGUCGGAGGUUUCGCGGACCCCGGGACCCGGAGGUCGGAGGUUUCGCGGACCGCGGGACUCGGAGGUCGGAGGUUUCGGGGACCGCGGGGCCCGGAGGUCCGGUCGGAGGUUUCGCGGACCCCGGGACCCGAAGGUCGGAGGUUUCGCGGACCGCGGGGCCCGGAGGUCGGAGGCUUCGCGGACCCCGGGACCCGGAGGCUGGAGGCUUCGCGGACCCCGGGACCCGGCGGUCGGCGGUUUCGGGGACCCCGGGACCCGGCGGUCGGCGUUUUCGGGGACCCCGGGACCCGGCGGUCGGCGGUUUCGGGGACCCCGGGACCCGGCGGUCGGCGGUUUCGGGGACCGCGGGGCCCGGCGGUCGGAGGUUUCGCGGACCGCGGGACCCGGCGGUCGAAGGUUUCGCGGACCGCGGGACCCGGCGGUCGAAGGUUUCGCGGACCGCGGGACCCGGAGGUCGGAGGUUUCGCGGACCGCGGGCCCCGGAGGUCGGAGGUUUCGCGAACCGCGGGCCCCGGAGGUCGGAGGUUUCGGGGACCGCGGGCCCCGGAGGUCGGAGGUUUCGGGGACCCCGGGCCCCGGAGUUUGGAGGUUUCGGGGACCCCGGGCCCCGGAGGUCGGAGGCUUCGGGGACCCCGGGGCCCGGAGGUCUUUCGCGGACCGCGGGACUCGGGGGGCGGAGGUUUCGGCGACCGCGGGGCCCGGAGGUUGGAGGAUUCGGGGACCCCGGGACCCGGUGGUCGGCGGUUUCGGGGACCCCGGGACCCGGAGGUUGGCGGUUUCGGGGACCCCGGGACCCGGGGGUCGGCGGUUCCGGGGACCCCGGGGCCCGGAGGUCGGCGGUUUCGGGGACCGGCCGCGGGGCCCGGCGGUCGGCGGUUUCGGGGACCCCGGGACCCGGCGGUCGGCGGUUUCGCGGACCGCGGGACCCGGAGGUCGGAGGUUUCGCGGACCGCGGGACCCGGAGGUCGGAGGUUUCGCGGACCGCGGGACCCGGAGUGCGGAGCUGUCGGGGACCCCGGGACCCGGAGGUCGGAGGUUUCGGGGACCCCGGGCCCCGGAGGUCGGAGGUUUCGGGGACCCCGGGGCCCGGAGGUCGGAGGUUUCGGGGACCCCGGGGCCCGGGGGUCGGAGGUUUCGGGGACCCCGGGGCCCGGAGUUCGGAGGUUUCGGGGACCCCGGGACCCGGAGGUUGGAGGUUUCGGGGACCGCGGGGCCCGGAGGUCGGAGGCUUCGCGGACCGCGGGGCCCGGAGGUCGGAGGCUUCGCGGACCCCGGGGCCCGGAGGUCGGAGGCUUCGCGGACCCCGGGGCCCGGAGGUCGGAGGCUUCGCGGACCCCGGGCCCCGGAGGUCGGAGGUUUCGGGGACCGCGGGCCCCGAAGGUCGGAGGUUUCGGGGACCCCGGGACCCGGAGGUCGGAGGUUUCGGGGACCCCGGGGCCCGGAGGUCGGAGGUUUCGGGGGCCGCGGGUAAAGGUCGCGGAGGUUUUGGUCGGAAGGUUUCGGGAGUUGGGGUUGGAGGUCGCGGGAGUUGUAGUUGGUGGAGGUUUCUGGAGGUGUGCGUUAAAAUUUUUUGUUCUAUACUUAUCAUUAAACGACGAAAAAUAGUAUGUAGUGAGGUCACGAACGUUCUAAUCUAGCGGUUUUUUUGCCAUGCAUUACGCAAAACGACCGGCAGUUUUCAAGCGUGCGGAAGUGUUUUUGGACAUAAAAGAUUUCCAUUUAUCAAGCGGCCGGGGCCUUGCUGUCAAACAAGCGCGAGCGGAUUCUAUCGAUUCACGCUUGAUAAAACGACGCAAGGGAGCCGCCAAAAGGGGCGCCCUUCUGAGGCGCACACCGCCUUGGUUUCUGGCGAUUUGGGGCGCCCAAAAAGGGGCGCCCAAAAAGCAGCACUCCGUAAAAAACAGCGAAUCCGCAUAGUAUGGGCCUAAUUUUGGCCCACAUUCGGGCCUCGGAAAAGACGCCACCAAAAUCCGCCAUUUCAGAGGCGGACUGAAGGCCAGAAGAUGCGGCAUCUUGCAAAAAAAAAAAACAAAAAAACAAAGUCCGCCAAAAGCAAAAAGCCAAUCCGCAUGCUAUGGGCCCGAUUUGGGGCUCCCAAGGGCCUGUCCUUGGCGCGGGCCCUGGCGGGGCCAUAGCAUGCGGGGAAGGUUUUUCGAUUCGAAACCAAACGGAGGCCAGCCCUGGAAUGAGAUUUUUCGCGACCGCCGUACCGUCGUGCAUAACAUUACUCACGAUGGCAUGGUGGGCAGAGAAGUUGCGUCUUUUUUGGCGUAAAGGCAAAAAGACCGCCAUGACCUCACUACCUCCGCGGACGCGGCUAUUAUUGGUAGUUGCUGUUACCAAGACGUCGACGUCGUCGACCAGGAGAUGCUUCAGUACUACGACCACUACUGGUUUUGACGAGACCAUCAAGGCCAUUGGUUUUAUCGGCCUUGGGAACAUGGGUCUGCCAAUGUGCCAAAACGUGGUCAAGGCCACGGAAAGUAGUGUGGGUCCUGGUACGACCAAGGUCUUCGCGCUGGACAAAUAUCCCGAGAGGGUGGAGUUAGCGGCCGCUGCGGGUGCGCACAGAGCGAGCUCCGUGAAGCAGAUCGCCGAGGAAUGCGAUGUGGUGUUCACCAUGUUGUUUAACACCGACACCACCGAGGAGGUGUACCGCGGAGCGGAGGGGCUCUUCCAGCACGCGAAACCGGCGUGCCUCCUCAUCGAUGGCACGACCAUUGCGCCGUCCUUCGCGAAGGCGCUCGGCGAGGAGGGAAAGCAGCGCGGGUUCGACAUGGUAGACGCACCUGUUUCCGGGGGCGUGGCGGGUGCAACGGCGGGCACCCUGGCGUUUAUGUGCGGCGCCAGCAGCGAGCCCGCCUUUUCCCGGGCGGAAAAAUUUCUGCUGGCCUCGUCGAUGGGCAAAAACGUGUUCUACUGCGGCCCCAGCGGUACCGGAUCCGUGGCCAAAGUCUGCAACAACAUGGCCUUAGCCGUGCAAAUGAUCUCUGUCUCGGAAGCCUUGGCGCUCGGAGUCAAACUUGGUAAGUAGACAAGGGAACGUUGUAAAUUCUUCUGCGACCACCGCUUAAUAAAUGUACUAUUUGUAGUCCAGCGCCAGGUUCCGGCUCCUCCAGUAACAACGCUAAGCAGCUGCUAGACGACUUCAGUAUUACGUUGCAUGUUCCUGCUCCUUCACGACUUCACGUUCUUGUUGAUUCUUAGCCAGUAACAUCCAAUGAUGAAAAAACUCAAAUACAGGCAUGGACCCGACUCUGCUCUCCAACGUAAUGAACAAAAGUAGUGCCCGUUGUUGGGCUGGGGACGUCGGCAAUCCCUGUCCCGGCGUGUUGCCCAACGCACCGGCGAGCCGGGAGUACGAGAACGGUUUCAAAACGUCGCUAAUGGUGAAGGAUUUGAAGCUAGCCAUUGAGAACGCCGACCAAGCCGCAUGCAAGGUGCACUUCGCAAAAAACGCGCUAGCGGAGUACGAGGCCAUUGUGGAAAAGGGAAGCGGCGAUAAAGACUUCGGCUUCGUGUAUCAAACGAUUGUGAAAGGCUGAGGAGCGGUGACUGGUCGUUGGAAGUGGUGUUUCUGGAUGCCGUGGUCCUCUUCUUGUUCAUCUUUCAAUGCCGAUGCUUCUCCUCGUCUCGGCGAUAUGUCAUGUAUCUGUAUGAACAGGAACAUGUUUCUUGAUGUUGUGAACUAAAGAUAUUAUGAUCAGGACGAUGAUGCAACAUCAAGAACGGAAUGACAAAAGAAACCUACAACUGUGUAAACAUAGAACGUGCACCAAAUGAAAUUUUUUGAUGAAAUCGCGUGCGUCCGCAACUAGCGUCCACGUGCGCUGAUGAAGAACUACUACGUACAGCCCCC